UCCGAUACCAACCACCGAAAAUGAACAUUCUAUAGGCACUUAUUACUUCUUUUGCCCGACUACAAUCGCUGCUGAUCGUGCAAUCACGAAUAAAAAUUGUCAACAGUGCAAACAUGAUUCGUCAUUUUUCGCCACCAAUGGACUCUUAUCUUUCACAGCGCACCAAUAAACUGAUCGUUUCAUUUCAUACAAAAAAGGAGCAAGCAACAAAACAAAAAAUCACUUUAUCCGUAAUGAAACUCAAAUGCGUAUUCCUCGGCGAUUCUGAAGUUGGAAAGACAUGGAUUAUCACGACAUUUAUUACCGGAGAGAAUCCAAACGAUCAAAUGCCCACUAUUUUUGAUUCGUUUACGUGUAACAUCGACCUAAAGGGCCAGAACGUCGAUCUCUCAUUGUGGGACACGGCCGGCGAACUCAAGUAUGACAGAAUCAGGCAGCUCUCGUAUCCAAACACCGACAUGUUUUUUAUAUGUUAUGCAAUUAACAACGUAGCAUCGUUCAACAACGUGAAGCACUGGCUAAACGAGAUUAAAGAGCUUGAAAUACCUGCUAUUCUGGUUGCAACCAAGUAUGAUGUGCGCGAUGAUUACACGCAACAAGACAUUGUCACGACUGAAAUGGGAAAGAAGAUGGCGAAAGAACAUAAUUUUGUUGAUUUCGUGGAGACAAGCGCACUGGAGAGACGUAACCUGUAUUUGCUGUUCGAGAAAGCGAUUGACCACAAGAUGAAGAAGGAUAAGACGUUUAUCCGAUUGAUGUUUGAAUACUUGUGCUGGUGCUGUGUGUAG